AUGUCCAGCAAUGACGCCCUCGCCUUGGACGCCCAGCCGACGCUGCGCAACGGAUCUACCGCCGCCGCCGAUGUCUCCUUCGCCAAGUUGAACUCAGAACACCAUGCCGAGUCGGGCUCGCAAGCCGAGUCGAGUCGGUCACGGGAGAGAAAGCCUGGUCUUGCUGAGCGCCUGGCUGGCGAGUGGGAGAAGAGGCACAGUGGGCACGAAUCAUCUACGACUGGCGAUAGGAGCAGCAAUGGCAGCAGCACGCCGCAGAGAUCGAAGAAGUCGGACGGCUUCAUGCUCGACUCCAUCUUUACCAAUGGGCAACACGGCAGCCCCGAACCCACUCGCCGGCAUGGGAAGAAAAGCGAGCCAAAUGGACAUAUUUCGAUCGAUAAAAGAGGGAGUGCGCAACACCGACUUUCUGGCGAGUCGUCACAGCGAAGUUCGCCUCUAUCGAGGGAACUCUCUACCGAUAAGCCUGGUCAUGCAUCGCAGGGUAGUAAUUCCAAUUCAAGGACCCCUGCCAUGGAUCCAGCACAGCUCGUGCAGAUGGCACUCAACCUCAGUGAAAGCAGGAAGAGGCACGUGAGUAGUUCUUUGCCGAUUCCUGUAACCCCCGCUGGAGGCCGACGAGUGGUAUCUGCAUUGGAUUCGGGCUAUGGAACUGUGAAGUCGAGCUCGUCUGGGGGUAAACGAGCCAGCCAUUUAUCAGACGCCACCCCUGGGUCCACUCGAGCGAGCCAUCGCAGCACGGACGAGGACGAGCGUAUGUCUGGAGCUGACAACGUGGUGUACACGUUCACCCCAGCGACCCUAUCUCGGGCGGAAAAGGCUCGCAAGUACUUCGAAUUGGCGAGCGAGCAUAGACGUCUUCUGGAACACUUGCCUCCUUUAAAGAGCGAUGCCACAGCCCCAGAGAACUAUACGUUACAGGCGACCAGCAGCCCAGGAAGUGCCCACUACGAUAUGAAUAGAGUGGUGUCAAACCCGAACCACAAGCGACAGCUGGGACGCACGUACAACCCCUUGCAAGCACUUCGAAAUAGACGCCUACGAAACAGAGAACGACGUCCACUCACGGCGCCUCCAAACACUUGGCAGGAAACAGAUAGGAUUAAACGUUGGAUUGAUGGCGUGGAGGCGACAUCGAAUGAUCCAUCUUAUCGCCCUGGCAGAGAUCGAGUUCGCUUGCCAACGUUCUCUGGCGAACUCGAGGGUGAGGUUGAGCGACCCGAGACUGCAAAGCGCCAUCGCCGUUCCGACACCGUGAACUCGGUCAUCACGCGACCCGACAACGGUUGGUCGAUUGAACCAGCCGAGUUGCUAGCAGACACCUACUGGGUUGAGAAAGGGGAUAACAAGAGUGUCAUUGAAGACAGACAUGGCAAUCGAAUUUUCCCCGGCCGAUCACGACCGAGCGUGGAGAUGCCGCGAGGCAGCAAGGAGUUUGACCAAGGCAACGAUUCCAACGCAGAUCAGCAAAGUCACCACUACGAGUCCGAGGACGAUGAGAAAGUCAGGUCGCGACGAAGAAAUCUGCUUCCUAUCCCUGGCCGACUUCGACGGAAUUAUAUCAGUCGAUCGCCCAGCACAACCAGCAACUCCAGUGACGAAGGGCGAAAGCCUCCUGCAACACGCUUCGGCGAUACUGAAGGUGGCGAUGAGAACAUCGGCCCGCUAGAUAGGCAUAUGCGUAGGAUGAUUGCAAAAGAGGAGAAAGGUGAAUUGACAUCCCCAGAGCUGGUCUCGCCCGAUCAUUGGGAUCACAAGUAUGGCCAAUUCCCAUCCUCGCGUGGUAGCGUCGAUAGGGGACAUCGGGAUUCGCAUCAACCUGCAAACGGCCGCCUGUCUGUUGACAGUCGUGGACACAGACGUUCCAAGUCUGCAGAAGGAAGAGUGGGUGCUGCGGAUCAUGUCAGGCAGUCGAUGGAUCAAGCCACUCAAGAAAGCCCACCGUCACCGGUUGUCGCAGGCUUUGUGCCAGCCAUUGCCCGUUCGCCAUCGCACAACAAACGCCCAUCGCCAACCGAGCAUAAGUCUAAACGGUCCCACCUCCCCAUCUUCCGGUCAAAGAGCAAGGAUCGCAAUAAUGUCGAAAGGACAGACUUUGCGGCCAUAGAACACAUUGGCAAGCCUUUGUCGCCUGUCUUGAGCGCAGACACCACCUCGGAGCAGCCACGGUCAAGCUUUGACUCUGGACGACCGCAGCAAGUGCAACGCAACCAGACAGCAGACAGCAACGCCAGCAGCCUACGGCGGUUCAAUACCGCGACGACAGCUACAGACACCUCUGCUAAAGACUCCAAUGCAUCGUUGCCCCGUCGCUUCUUGAAAGGCGGGCGCAUUGGGGAGCUGAUGCGUACCGAAAGCUCGCGUCUUGGAGAUAAAUUCCGUGGGAGUCGUGAUCGCCUAAAUGAGCCUGGAAUGAUAUCGGACGUUUCUGUAGCUCCCUCCGAGGUUUCAGAGGACGAUGCUGAGCAGCUCGGCAGCAGACGAGGUCGUGGCGAGGACACGCCCGAAAGGCAAGUCAGCCCUCGAGCGUCGUACGAACCGUUGAGGCAGAAGCCCAAGUACUACAUCUCGAAUUUGCCUUCAUUCAAAUCACCCGCGGGCGGCCGUUACCGAAGCUCGACCAUCGAGACACCGAUGUCUGAGGCCAGCGACCCCUUUGCCAAGCAGGACCCCAACCAAGGACAGCAAGCAGGCGCGCGCCCAUACUUGGCCCCACCCAAGAUCAAUCUACCCGACGACGAGGGUAAUUCUGAACCGGAAAUGCGAGACAGCAAGAGGCUACUGGGGGACAACGAGUACGAUCGCCGCAAGUCAGUCUCACAGAACAACGUCUCUUUUGCCCCUGCGCCGGAGAUUCAAGGCCGUAAGCGUGGGGCUUUCGCAGCAGGCGGUCUAUCCAAAACCGAUGGCAGAAGGCACUGGAGCAUAUCUGAUCAAGCACCGCCACCACCGGCAAGUAAAGUCACAAAUCGAGACGUCGCCCGUGUCCGCGCGCUCCUCCUCGCAUCCGGGAUCAAAGCCCAAGAAAUCUACACAAAAGCCAACACAGGCCGCGAAACCCCCCUCCCCGUCAUCGCCAAAGCCUUCGAAACCGCCGGAAAACCUCUCCAGAACGUCAGCAAACGAGAAGAACACCUCUUCGCCACGCGGAUGCUCUCCGAGACGCUCGACACGGAACUCGCCAACUUCGAAAAAGCCGUCCAAGACUUCCAGAUCGAAACGGCCAAGAACCUCGGCGAUCAACUCGACGAUCUCUCCCAUCGAGCGUCGGAGCAGCUGACGAAGAUUGUCAAUGAGACGUCGGACGAAGCGGAUGCGUUUAAUGUUGAGCUGACGACGAAGCAGCCGCAGGAGGUCAAGCGGGUGGACGAUGCGGUGGAUGCGAUGUUCCGUCAGCGGAGGAAGCAGUUUCGAUUGCUGCGGCGAGCGGGGUUCAAGUUGCUCGAGUGGUUGGUGCUGGGGAUUAUGUGGUGGGUGUGGUUUGUGGUGGUGGUGAUUAAUUCGUUCAAGAAGGUGGUUGUGGGGAUUUUGAUGGUUUUGAGGUGGUUGCUUUGGUUUUGA